AUGGCAUUCCGCAGCACAGCAGAGGAAAUGGAGAGACUCCAGCUAUCAGAUGACGACACUGAGGAUCUUUGGAACUCUCCCUCAAAGCGUGGAGCGCACAAGAAAUUCGACUCUCCACCCUCUGACAAAAAAAUCACACCGGAACCUCGAGCUUCCCAUGACAGUGGGGAUCCUCUAUUCGAUCGCAAAGAAGCGCGAGAAGCCGCACUCCACACAGAAUUGCAGGGUGUACGGAACAUCAACGAGGUGAUUGAAGGACUAUUGAGUAGCCUUGACUCUGCAAAAGGAAAUAUGGAGACGGUAUCGCGAACGGUCACCUCGGCAUCCACCCUCCUAAAUACUUGGACCCGCAUUCUCUCCCAAACCGAGCAUAACCAGCGAUUGAUCCUUAACCCCAAUUGGCAAGGUGCUACUCAGGAUGUUGCCGAUAUCGAAAACGAAGCGAUCCAAAAGCAGCAAGCAGCGGAGAGACGUGAGCAGGCACUUCAACAACAAAGAGAGGCAGCAGCGCGCAAAGCGCAGGAAGUGGAAUCGAGACGCACACAGUUCUCCCCUAACUCUUCUCACUUCAUCCUACGCAUCAUGAAUUUCGCUCCCUACCAAGACGAAUCUCCAGAUAUUGAGCGUGCUCUAUCUCCUCCAAAUGAUGGCUACCGCGUGUCUCCAAACCUCCGCUCCCCGCGAGCUUCGCUCGAUGCACAUGUGAAUGUACCCACCAGUCACAGUUACCCUGGCGCGGGCUUUGCGACUCCAGGGCCUUUUGAGACAAGCCUUCCUAUCCGAAUUGAGGUGGAGGCUAUGCUAGCCUAUUUACUUCUGCCCCCGGUCGGAGGUGUACUGUUGUUGCUUAUUGAGCACAACAGUGACUACGUGCGGUUCCAUGCUUGGCAGUCGAGCAUGUUAUUCGCUACCAUGUUUGUCGUUCACCUCCUCUUCUGCUGGUCCAGCUUCCUUUCAUGGACACUUCUCAUCAUCGACCUUCUACUCAUUGGCUUCCUCAGCAUGCAUGCCUAUCAAGACGUCGACACCUUGGACCACUUCGAGGUUCCUAUCUUUGGUCGACUGGCCAACUCUUUCGUUGAUGAUGAAUGA